GCCACCAUGCCCGACUCGCCGGCUGACGUGAAGACGCAGUCCAGGACCACGCCGCCCAGCAUGCCUCCGCCGCCGCCGGCCGUCACGCAGGGAGCCACGCGCCACCCCUCCUUCACGCCAAACACCAAUCGAGACGCUGGCCCUCCGACGUUUCUGCCUCGCGGCCGUUUUCAUGGUUGCUUGAAAUGGUCGAUGGUCUGUCUUUUGAUGAACGGGAGCAGCCACUCGCCGACUGCCAUCAAUGGGGCCCCGUCCACCCCCAAUGGGUUCAGCAACGGGCCGGCCACCUCCUCCACCGCCUCCCUCUCCACCCACCAGCUCCCGCCGGCCUGCGGCGCCCGCCAGCUCUCCAAGCUCAAGCGUUUCCUCACCACGUUGCAGCAGUUCGGCAACGACAUCUCCCCCGAGAUCGGGGAGCGGGUGCGCACCCUCGUCCUGGGGCUCGUGAACUCCACGCUCACCAUUGAGGAGUUUCACGCCAAGCUCCAGGAGGCCACCAACUUCCCGCUGCGACCCUUCGUCAUCCCCUUCCUCAAGGCCAACCUGCCGCUGCUGCAGCGGGAGCUGCUGCACUGCGCCCGCAUGGCCAAGCAGACCCCGGCCCAGUACCUGGCCCAGCACGAGCAGCUGCUGCUGGACGCCAACGCCUCCUCUCCCAUCGACUCCUCCGACCUGCUCCUGGAGGUGGGCGAGAGCGGCAAGAGGAGGACGCCAGACAGGACCAAAGAGAACGGUUUGGACCGAGACCCUCUGCACCCCGAGCACCUCAGCAAGCGGCCGUGCACCAUGAGCCCGGCGCAGCGCUACAGCCCCAGCAACGGGCUGAGCCACCCGCCCAACGGGCUGGGGCACCCCCCCGCCGCCCCCCCCCUGCCCCAGCACUACCGCCUGGAGGACAUGGCCAUGGCGCACCACUACCGCGACGCCUACCGCCACCCCGACCCCCGGGAGCUCCGCGAGCGCCAGCGGCCCGCCGCGGUGCACGGGACGCGGCAGGAGGAGGUGAUCGACCACCGGCUCACCGACCGGGAGUGGGCGGAGGAGUGGAAACACCUCAACAACCUGCUGAACUGCAUCAUGGACAUGGUGGAGAAGACGCGCCGGUCGCUGACGGUGCUGCGGAGGUGCCAGGAAGCCGACCGCGAGGAGCUCAACCACUGGAUCCGGCGCUACAGCGAUGCCGAGGACAUGAAGAAAGGCAGCCCCCCCUCCGCCCGCCCCCACAACAGCUCCUCCGCCUCCGAGGCACCCCAGUUAGACGCUCACCGGGAGUUCGCGCCGCGGCCCCUCUCUGGGUACAUGCCGGAGGAGAUCUGGAGGAAGGCUGAAGAAGCUGUGAACGAGGUGAAGCGCCAGGCCAUGUCCGAGCUGCAGAAAGCCGUGUCGGACGCCGAGCGGAAAGCCCACGAGCUGAUCACGACGGAGCGAGCCAAGAUGGAGCGAGCCCUGGCCGAGGCCAAGCGCCAGGCUUCGGAGGAUGCCCUGACCGUCAUCAAUCAGCAGGAGGACUCGAGCGAGAGCUGCUGGAACUGCGGGCGCAAAGCGAGCGAGACCUGCAGCGGCUGCAACACCGCCCGCUACUGCGGCUCCUUCUGCCAGCACAAGGAUUGGGAGAAGCACCACCACGUCUGCGGGCAGACUCUGCAAGGGCUGCCGGCGCCCGCCGCCCCCACCGCCGGCGUGGGGCUGCCGCCGGGUCCGGGCCAGCCCGACGGGGUGGCCACCAUCGCCAGCAGCCCCAGCGAGACGGGCUCGGCGGCCGCUUCCCGAGCCGGCACGCCGGCCACCCCAGCUCCGUUGGAGAGCGCGUCCCGCUGA